GUUGACUUAUAAAAGGGCCGCUCGUCGUCGUCCUCCACACAUCCUCAUCAUCGAGCGUCACGACUGCAAAGAUGGCAUUUGCUAUUCGCUCCUUGCUUCUCCUCUGUGGGAUCAGCGCACUCUUGACUGGAGUCUGGUCUGAUUCCCAGGUCGUUAAAGUUCCUUCCUGUCCAAAGGGAUGGACUCGAUUGAAUGAACGCUGUUUCCUUGUUGUGGACAAGUUGCAAGACUUUGCUGAUGCAGAGAUUACCUGCCUUAGCCUUGGAGGGAAUUUGGCUUCCAUUCAAAACGCUGUAGAAGACGAAGUGGUUAGCGCGCUGAUCGCGAAUUUUGCUUCUACUGACAAUGCCUGGAUUGGAUACAAUGACAUAACUACGGAGGGAACCUUUGUGUGGACCGAUGGCACACCUGCCAACACUUUUGUCGACUUCAUUGCAGUGCCUUCCAAUCCCGAUGAAGACUGUGUCCAGACAUUUGCCACAACACUGAGCACAUGGAACGAUCAGGACUGCGAUUUAACAGCUCCAUUUGUUUGUGCCACCGAUGUGUAUUAAGACGCAACUGCCAACAUCCUAUCUUCUCCCACCGCAUCUUUUCUGUGGUCCUGACGUCUCUACGUGACGUCAGCGGUGUCUUUCUGUUUCUGGAUUUAUUGCAAAAUGUCUUCUUCUUUUCCACACUUCGUGUGUGGUAGAUUGCCAUUAGCCACACCAAAUUUUGGAAUGUCAGGCUUAUCUCUCUAAUAAAUGAAGGAAUCUGUCUCUGCA